AUGCCGGAAUUAACAACUACUGAUAGUGUACAACCGAUGGCAGAUGAAAAGCCAAAAUUACCUGAACAAAUUGAGUUAGAAGAAGCUGAAGCAGCUUUAGUUGAAAAAAAUUAUAAAUCGGCACAAGAAAUACUGGAAAAAUUAGUUAAACUUCAAGUUGUUGUUGACAAUGAAGAUUCAGUAAGAAUUAAAGAAUCAGCUUUACUUGCUCUUGGAAAACUUUAUAAGGAAAUUAAAGAUGCAAAAGCAUUAGCAUCUCUAAUUAAAACAACACGUCCAUUUCUGGGCCUUGUUAGCAGAGCUAAAGCAGCUAAACUUGUGCGAACUCUUGUUGAUCUAUUUCUCGAUAUGGAAGCUGGUACUGGUGAAGAAGUUUCAUUAUGUCAAGAUAAUAUUGAAUGGGCUAAAAAUGAAAAUCGAACAUUUCUUCGACAAGAACUUGAAGCACGUCUUGUUGCUCUAUAUUAUGAUACACAACGAUACAAUGAAGCACUUAUACUUGGUUCACAAUUACUUAAAGAAUUAAAAAAACUUGAUGAUAAACAAUUACUUGUUGAAGUUCAACUACUGGAAAGUAAAACAUAUUUUGCUUUAGGUAAUUUACAAAAAGCAAGAGCUGCAUUGACAUCGGCAAGAACAACAGCAAAUGGAAUUUAUACACCACCAAAACUUCAAGCAAGUCUUGAUUUACAAUCUGGAAUUUUACAUGCUGCCGAAGAUAAAGAUUUUAAAACAGCAUUUUCCUAUUUUUAUGAAGCAUUUGAAGGUUAUGAUCAAAUCAAUAGUAACAAGGGUAUUGUUGCACUCAAAUAUAUGUUAUUAUCAAAAGUGAUGAUGAAUGCACCGGAUGAUGUUAAUGCACUUAUGUCAGUUAAAUUAGCACUUAAGUAUAGUGGUCGAGAUGUUGAGGCUAUGAAAGCCGUUGCACAAGCAAGUAAAAAACGAUCAUUAGCUGAUUUUCAACAGGCAUUACAAGAUUAUAAAACUGAACUAUCUGGUGAUCCAAUGGUUCACUCACAUUUAGGUACAUUAUAUGAUAAUUUACUUGAACAAAAUCUUUGUCGUUUACUUGAACCAUUUUCUAAUGUUCAAAUCGAACAUAUUGCACAUUUGAUUAAUCUACCUCAAGAUGUUGUCGAGAAAAAACUCUCUCAAAUGAUUUUAGAUAAAAAAUUAAUUGGCAUUCUUGAUCAAGGUUCAGCCAAUAUCGUUAUUUUUGAUGAAACAGCAUCCGAUACACAAUAUCAAGAUGCUUUGGUCAUUAUUCAAAAUAUGUCUAAAGUAGUUGAUACUCUCUUUAGUAAAACGAAAAAACUUUCUUAG